ACAAUCGAAACAUCGAACAAACGAACAAGGGGCGUGACAGUUGCUAAGGAACGCCAAAGUCAUCGUUCGACAACACAACUGACGAGUGUUAAUCGUAAACACAUGAAACUACGUCCCCGCUGUGUCAAGACACUGAAAAAUAAGGUUGUUCAACCGUUGCUAGGCGGCGUACUCCACGAUGGCGAUCCUGCAGAAUAGCUGUUGUGGCUGUUGUACCGUCCGGACGGGGUCCAUCGUGGUCGCCAAUAUCUGGAUGAUCAUGCAGUUUGCUGGCAUUGGCACUGCUAUCAAAGACAUCAUUGACGCCGGUGGGGCAGCGAGCACCACUGAUAUUGUUAACCUUGCCAUCUACUCCGUGGGAAUCAUCAUCGACACGUUGCUGAUCUAUGGCGUGGUCAAGAAACUGAAGGAGCUGGUGCUGUCCUGGGUGAUUUUCUCCGUUGCCUGUACGGCCGCAGCCCUCGGUGUGAAUCUAUAUGUCACUAUUGUCAUCCUCCAAGUCCUGCAAGUCACGGGAGACGACGACGCCGGAAGCGCCCUAGUCCAGGCGAUAUUGGUGCCCUAUCUUGCCGGCGUUUGGGUCGUCUGGGGUAUCGUCUUCAUCAUAACGGUGUACGGGUGUCUGGUGGUGUACUCUCACUACCAGAACCUGCGUGACGGUGUGGAGGAGGGGGGACAGCAGGUGAUGGUUAUGACCGUACAGGCCCCGCCGCCCGGCCCGGUACCAGGCGCUGCGGUGCAGUCUUUUUGAACCCCGUUCCCAUGGCAACAGCGAGACGAGUAUUUACGGCGUAAUACGAGAUACCAAAUAGCCCAACAUGUACUACUGAAACAUAUCUCAACAAGAUACUGAACAGUCAGUUUUAAAAUAUUCUCGCUACAAUUAUUUGGAAAGUAACUGAUAACAUUUCUUGCCCUCCUGUCUUGACUUUGUCUCGCAUGGUUGAAUUGGUAACGGAAUAAAGGAAUACAUGAG